UGGUCUACUACUGGACUCCCACUGGAUGCAUAGAGUAUACGCUUUCGGAUGACUAGAAAGGCCCAGCGCUUCCACCCGCGAGACAGAGAGGAAGGAGGUUUCUCAAUUGACCCAGAUAAAGAAAGUCAAAUUUCUCUCCGUUUAGUCAGCCAAUAGGAACAAAGAGAGGGUGGUGCCUUUUAGGAGGAGGAAAGUAGUGAUUGGACAGUGGCUGAAGGGCGGGGCCAACUGCGAGCAAGAGCGCGAAGACUCGAACUUGGUCGUGCAAAAAUGGAUUUGGCGCCGGUGCCUCUAGGUUCGUUUGCGUCUGAAGUGAUGACGGCGGCAGAGGAUCUGAAAUCUCAGGAAACCUUCGACAGUGAAACUGACAGUGGACAGGGAAGCUGUGAAAUAAACUCUCCAGUACAGAUGAGCAAGAAAAUUGAUUCUUCUGGUGAUGAUGGAGAGUCAGAUGAAGAAAUCUGUGUGAGUAGGAGAAUCCGAGGUAAGAAGGUGCUUCCAGACAGUGAGAGUGAAGGGGAAGAUAUUUUGCACCCAGCAUUGGAGGCUGCAGCUGGGGAUGCGAACAGUGCAGAGGAAAACAAUAAAUUUGCUUCCAAGGAGAAGAAAUUGCAUGGCACCUACAAGGCUAUACUAGACAGUGAUGAAAGUGACACUGAUGACCUGUUGCACAAUGAGGACCCUGCAACAAAUCCACAGCCUUGUUCACCUGCGCUUGCAUUAACAAAAUCAGCAAUGCCUGGGGGAAAGCAUAAGAACUACAAAGCUGGCUGUGCAGAGCAAAUGGAUGGAGAAGAAAGGGGCAGUCGAAGGAGGAGGAGAACGGAGAAAGAGAAGAAAAUGAAGGCCAUUAGGCAGAUGAAGAAGAAGGAAAAGAAAAGGGAACAAAAGGAGGAGGAUGAGAAGGAACCCCUUGAAGACAGUGGGUGUCUCCUUGCUGAUAGAGACCUCUUUGAGAAUGGCUUGGAGGAGAAUGAGGAAGAUUCCUUCCAAGAAGACCAAGAGUCACUAGAGUCAAUAAAAGCAGCAGCAAAAGAGAAAAUGAAAAAACAGAAACUGUUUUCAGGGAGUAAAGAUUACAAGCACACACUAGAUGAAUAUGAAGGACCAUUGUUUAAGGAGCCUAAGAAGGAGAGGAAGGCAGCCAAAUUAAGUAAAGAAGCAAUCAAACAACUACAUAGUGAGACUCAGCGUCUUAUUAGAGAAGCCAGCUUAUCACUCCCAUAUCACCUACCAGAAGCCAAAAGCGUCCAUGAUUUCUUUAAGUGCAAACCUCGGCCUGCCUUCCAAGGAAGUGCUAUGGCUUUGAUCAAAUCAGCAAAAUACCAGCCCAGACUAGAUGAAGAAAGGGCCGUUCCCAAGAUUCCAGGUGCCACCUGCAGCAACAGUGGAGGAGAAGAAACUGAGUGUCCAAUAACACGGGAGCUAGAAGCAGGACUUGCUCCAGCCAUCACAAAUUCAAGUGUUGCCAGAUCUGUUGUUGGAGAAAAGGAGAGUUUGACAGCAAGUUAUCCUGAGCAACACAGACAAGAUUGUACUUCCAAAGCUGAAAGACUUACAAAGGAAACCAGUUUUGAGAAGCAAGGAGAAUCCAACCUAAUCAGUUCUGAAUGCACUGAAUUGGUGACAAAUAAAGUGGAAGAAAAAAUAUGUGAACCAGGAGCAGAGCAGUCAUCUGAAUUGUAUGCAGGGCCCAAAGAACCUGUACAGCCCCCAGCAUUAGACUUGGCAGCUCCAGGUGAAAAAUCAAAGAAGUCCAAGCUGGAUCGCCUUCGAGAGAUGGGGGUGGAUCUGACAAUCAAGCCUCGAAUCUCUUCUGGGGAUGAUUCAUUUAUUAAUCUUGAUGAACCUGAAUCAAACAGAGAAUUGGAAGCUUUGAAGGAACGUUUUGUGAAGCAUGCACUUCACACAGCCAAACCAAAAAAGGAACGAGUGGUGAACUUGAAUGUAAUUCGCAAAGAAACGUCAAAUGAGGGCAAAGAGGAGCUGAAAGCAGGGGUGGUACCUGUGACUCUCGUUGCAGAGAGUGUAGAAGAGACAAUCCAUGCAAAGCCAGGUGAAAAGUUGCAAGUGCUGAAGGCCAAACUCCAGGCAGCCAUGAAGCUCCGUAGGACAGAGGAACGCCUCAAGCGACAAGCAUUGUUUAAACUGGAUAAUGAGGACAUGAUGGAGGAAGAAGAGGAGGAGGAGGAAGAAAUGACAGAUGAAUCAGAGGAAGAAGAGGAAGAAGGCAAUCAGGAGACUGCAGAGUAUCUUCGUGAAGAGGCAGAAGAGGACAAUGAGGAGCUUAAAGUACAGGGUCUUGAUGAUGGUGACAAGGAGGCAGAUAAAGAAUUGGUGGAUGAAGAGCAAGUGGCCAAGCCGGGACUCUGCAGUACUGUUCCUAAACCUUCCUCCACUGAAUCAACACUGCUGCUUUUCAAGGAUAACUCUUCAAAAUUAGGGUAUUCUUUUCCAUCUGAGAAAGCCGAGGUGGAUGAUGUCAUGAGUAAAAGGCCUGACAAGCCAGAAGAUGAAGAUUCAUUUUUACUGCCAACCUUGGCAAAGGAAAACAGUCAUAACAGUAGCUUUGAGCUAAUCAGCUCCAUGAUCCCCUCCUACCAGCCCUGUAACAAGCAGACAGCUCGCGGAGGCAGUUUCCUUUCUGCUCUUGGUGGUGUCCGUUCUCCUUCUCCUGGUUUUUUCAGAACGGGCUUUAUUAGUUCUGCAUCGAAGAGUUCGGGGAAGGCAUCUGAACCUUCUCUUCCCAUAGAGGAUUCCCAAGACCUCUACAAUGUGACUCCUGAAGAGAAGAGCCCCAAUCCAGCUGCUGCCAGGUUUCAGUUCCAAUUCUCUCUGGAAGAUGACACUCAGAGUCAACUGCUUGAUGCUGAUGGUUUCUUGAACGUUGGUCAUCACCGGAAUAAAUACCAGUCUUCCAAGAGCCACCUUCCUUUGGCUAGCAUGGAUGAGAAUGCAAUGGAUGCUAAUAUGGAUGAACUCUUAAAUCUCUGUUCUGGCCAGUUUGCCUCCCAGAACAAACCCUCUGCCAGUGGUGAUAGCGGCAACAAACAGAACAUGGAGGAACUGCUCAAUCUUUGCUCUGGGAAGUUUGCAUCUCAGGAUUCUCCCACUCAGACCUCAUCGGCAUCUUCUCAGCUGAAAAAAGAGAGCAGCUCAGAUCCCAUGGCUGAAGUGCUAGCUCUUUGUUCUGGCUCCUUCCCGACAGACAGGGAAGGGGAAGAUGAAGAGGAGGAAGAGUUUGGAGACUUCCAGCUUUUAACAGAUGACCAUGCCUCUGAUAGUGAAGAUGAUGAGAAGAGCAAAAAGGAUGAGGAGGAGAAAGAAGAGAGUGAAAAGGAGGAGGAAGAAGAGAGUGAAGAUGAAAUAGAAGAUGAUGAUGACGAAGAGGAGAUAUUGCGACAAAGAGAAGGAGUGAAGAAGAAAUUUAAAUUGCAGGACUUCAUGGAGGACGAGGCUGAGCUGUCAGGAAGCGAUGUGGGAAGUGAAGAUGAAUAUGAUGGCGAGGAGCUCAAUGAGUAUGAAGAGGAAAUCAUUGAUGAGGAGCUCCCCACUCCUGUGGAACUCCAGGACCAAGUCAACAAAAUACACAUGAAGGUGAUGCUGGAUGAAGACAAGCGGCAGCUCCGCUUGUAUCAGGAGAGGUACCUUGCUGAUGGAGACCUACACAGUGAUGGCCCCGGGCGAGCAAGGAGGUUCCGGUGGAAGAACAUAGAUGAUUCUUCUCUGAUGGAUAUGUUUCACCAAGAUGGUGAUGAUGUAGAGGAGAAUGAAGAGCAUCUCAGUGAAGUAGAGGCUAAGCGGAGGAAGGAACGCUUUGAGAGGGAGCAGUGGCUCCGUGAACAGUCAGAGAAAGGAGAAAAGGAAGAGGAAGAUAUUGAUGAAGACAGCCAGUUCAUGAAACUGGCUAAGAAACUGACUGAAAAAUCCCUACAAAAGAAAGCACCCCCAGUAAUAGCAGCACAGGAAACAAAAUUGAUACCUAGGAAUCCAUUUGAAACCUUACAGUGUGCCAGCAACCCACAGCUAAAGAAUGGAUCACUGCUGAAUAGACCUAAAGCAGUCCUACAGAAACUGUCAGCAAUGUCGGACCUCAACCCAAAUGCCCCCCGGAACUCACGCAAUUUCAUCUUCCAAACACUUUCCCCUGAGAAGAGUGAGGAGACAAAGGAGAAGUCCAGGCCACAGGGGAAGAAACGAGCUCCUGUUCCCAUUACAGCCUUGUCUCCCAAGCGGCUUCGACUUGAUGGUGCUUCUGUUCAAGGAACCCGGAGUAUAUUCCAGUUCUUGGAGCGGUAGGGGUAGCGAUGAAUUGGGCCAAUUGACAUUGUGUCUUGCUGUGUUCCAUGCUAUGCAGACCUCUGCUAUCCAAUGGCAAAGACCUGAUAGCUCCUCGUGGCCCCCUCUGGAACUGCCUCGUGCCACCUGAUAAUGUCCAUCACUUUGCAAGGGGUCCUUGCUCCAACUCCAGACUUCUGCUUUAAGGGAAAGUGGUUUCCCUAUUGGAUGCUGCUUCAACUUGAGCUUCAAUGGAAUUAGCACUUCUCUGUUUAAGUGUUCUCCUUUCGGGGGGUAAUUGACUGUUGCUGUGCUUCCUGGAAGUCACUAAGGUGCUCAAUACUGAGGCCCUGUGAUCUUUUUUCUUACCACUACGGAGGGUCAGGAAACUCCCCCCCCCCCCAAAAAAAAAUUGACAUUACCCUUAUUUUAUAUCUUGGAAAACUCCAGUUUUAUUUUGUUUUUUUUCCCUAAAAGACCACACAGAGUUGUAGAACAAAGAUAAGUAGGGUUCUUUUGUCCUCUGUUCACCAUGCCCCUUCCUUAUUUGUUCUGUGUGUGUGUGUUUUAACAAAACUUGAAUCCUUGUGGAGGAGGAAAGAAGGAAAAGAGAUGGGCUUCUUGAGAUGGUCUUUCCUUUUCACUCCUUCAUAGCCUUCUUUGGACACUUUUAACAUUUAAAACUGCGAACUAGCAGAUUGAUCUUGUUUUCAGCUAGGUCAGAUUUUUAGGCAGCAUUGACAGAUGAACUGAGUUAACGCAGCAUGGGUUGGUCUCCUAUCGGAAUAUGUAGCGCUGAAGACAUUUUAUGGUGUUAUCCUGCCUGGCGUGGACAAGCUCAAAAUUCAUUUCUUCAAGGGCUCAAGACCAUAAUCCCAGUUUGUAAAUUAGUCCUGUAAAUGCAAAUGUGUGUUGUAUAAAACAAACAAAAAUGGUGUGUAUGCUACCAAUAAAGAACAUAAUACUGUACCAAGCA